UGUCAAAUCUAUGAGUGUUAGGCACUAAAAUCUUUUGCUAAAUAUAUUCAUUAAAAUAAUAAAAAUGUCAGGCGAUAUAAUACAAUCUCUGAAUAAAAUAAAUAUAUUUGUAACUGAAAAUGACCAAGUGCUAUGGGAAUCUCAAGCUGGUACAAAAUGUAACAAUGAAGCAAUAGAAAAAUUGAAAGAGGAAUGUGCUCGAUUAAACAAGGAAAUAGCAAAUACUGCCGAAGAAGUUUCUGAAAUAAAACCACAAAUCAAAAUUUUAGAAUCAAAUUAUGACAAGCAAACUGAAAAUCUUGUUUUAAAUCAACAAUCGUUGAUAAAUCAGCGAAUUCUCAGGAAAUGCCUUGCAGACAAAAUAAAAAAUCACGAAGAAAAAGCUGAUAGAUUAAUUGAUGAAUAUGCACAGUACAUAAAAACCUGUAAAGAGAGACUUGAAUUAACAAAUCCAACUUUCAAAAUCCUCCAGGAAAAAAGAAUUAAGCUCAGACAAAAACAAAUCCAUUGCAGGGAUUUGCAACAAAAAAUUAUGGAAUUAAAAAAAAUAAGUCAACAAAAGACGGAAAUGAAACAUCAACUUUUUUAUAACGAUAAUAUUGAGUUCGCUCAGAAUUGGUUACAUAAUAAGAAAUACUUAGAAACUAUGGACUAUGUGAAAGAAGAAACGAGAAAGGAAAGAGAAUUUAUGAAGAAAUUAGGAGAAGUGACAGAGAUGCUGAAACAGAAACAAACUGGCAGAUUUUUACGAAAUCAUACCAGCAGCUUCAAUAUUUCCCAAAUAGAGAUUUCUGCGAAUGUCAUCGACAAGAACAAGAAGGAAAGCACUCCGACAAAAGUUACACCACGACAGAUUGAUUAUUUUGACUGUCUUAAAACUAUGUUAGAGAAAAAGGAUGCAGAUUCAACCAUUAAUUCAAAGAUAAAUGAUGAUCAGAAGCUUUACAACAUAAACAACUCUAAAGUAAGAAUCUUGGAGAAUAGAACUUUGAAACAAGCUCAUAAUGCUGUAAAGACUUACAAUUUUAAAUCGAAAGAGGAAAGAAGUAAGGAAAUCGCAGCAAAGCUUGAAAAGGUUGCGCAAAAUUUCAAAAAAAGCAUCUCACGCCAAAAUUCUAAAGCCACUUCCUCAUCACAGCUAUGCUUUAAAGUUGAUAAAAAUGGAAACAAAUUGAAAGACAAACUUAAUCAGCAACAAAACCUAAAUCAAGAAUACAACAUUUUUGAAAAGAAUCAAAAUUCACAGAUAGAUCCUAAUGAGAGAUGUAGUGGUUUUGCUCAAGCGACACAAAAUUUAAAUCCAGUUAGUGUUGACACUAAGAGAACUGAAACUAAUACCUUUAACCUAGGAUCCAGUGGAUAUCAUUUACAGUUUCCGAACAAGACUAUGUCUUAUUUCAACACAGAUAAUAUUGCCAAGGCUGUCCCCAUUCAAACACAUCCUAAUGAAAAAUAUGGCACAAAUACAUUGCCGCAAAAUACAAAUUUUCUAUCUCAGGCAUUAUCAGGCAUCAAUAAUACAGUUGGACCAACCCAAAAUACCACAAUCAAUAUGAAUAGAAACUCUCAAUUUCGUAGUGAGUUGGACAAUAAAAUCCAAAGUGGUAAUGCUGAAGAAAAACCUACGUUCAAUUUUUCUACUUCAGGAUUUAACACUGCUCCUGGGUUAUUAACGGAAAACGCUAAUCGAGCAACGUUUCUGGGUUCUUAUUCAGAUAUGAAGACGAACAAUAACUACCACCACAAUAAUAGCGCUCUUUUAGAAUCUCAGUUCUUAGCGGAUGUUACUGAUGACUGCGAAGAUGCUUACACGAGUCCAAAAUUCAGCCCAAGCUAUUGCAGCCCACCAGCAGAAGAAAAUAAGGCAAAUACGGAUUCGAACUUAUUUUCCUUUGGCCAAUUCAAAUCUUCUUUCUUUAAUUUAAAAUUUAAUUAAACAAGUUUCCCAUGAUAUUGUUUUGAACAAAAUGCUAUUUAGUUUUUUGUUGUUAAAUUACAUUGUUUUGUUGUCAAUCACUAUGUGAAUAGGUAUAUUUUAAGUAUAUUGGUAGCUGGUGAAAAUCAAAGUAGUCUUAUUCUGACAAUAAAGCGUGAGACCUAUACCAUUUUUACCAGACGAAUUCAAGGCCCACAAAGAACUUUCAUGAAGUAAAAAAUUAAAAAAAAAAUGUGAAAUAAAAAAUUAAAAUAGGGACCUCGGAAACGAUUGCUCAUAUAUUUACAGAAUACUUUUUCAUAAUCAACUGUUAGACACAAACAACCGCUGUAUUUCUCAAAAUUUCCAUUUUUCAUAAAAUUUAAAUAGGUACAUAGGUCUAUAAAGAACUAUAAAGAAGAUUUAAUUCUCUUAAAAAUGAAAAAACAGCUGAUUAUGAAAAAAUAUUUGCAGUCCUCGAGAUCCCAGCGUCGUUUUAGUUUUUUAUUUGCCAAAUUGCGUUAAAAAUUUUUUCAUCAUGAAAGUUCUCUUUCUCGUAGAAAUCAUUCCUUAAUAAACGGUAGGGGUCCCAUGCUUCAUUAUCAAAAUAUGAAUAUGACCACUUCAAUUUUCACCAGCCGCUAUUGUUAAUGUGUUAAUUAAAUAACUAAUUAUUAUUAAGUAAUUAAACAUUUCAU